AUGGGUGUUCUGGCUUUAUUGAUUCUCCCUGUACUGGUGGUUGGGAUUGCUGGUAUUGUCUAUAUUUACAAACGAAUAAUGCGCCUGAUGUCCAAAUCAGCUGUGAGGAACAAAGUGGUUGUGAUAACUGAUGCUGUAUCAGGACUUGGAAAAGAAUGUUCCAGAGUAUUUCACAGUGGGGGAGGCCGUGUGGUCCUAUGUGGCAAUGACUGGGAAAAGUUAGAAGCCCUGCAAGGGGCCCUACUUGAUGUUGCAGACCCGAGCCAGACAUUCAGUCCAAAGAUAGUGCUUUUGGAUCUAAGUGACACAGGGAGCAUCUCGGAGAAAGCCAAGGAAAUCCUUGAAUCCUUUGGGUGUGUGGACGUGCUCAUUAACAACAGCAGUCUGAAAGUUAAAGGAGGUGCCCUUAAUGUCCCUUUUCAAAUGGACAAGAAGAUAAUGGAUGCUAAUUAUUUUGGACCCAUUUCUCUAACUAAAGAGCUUCUUCCAUCGAUGAUUGCUAGACAUAGUGGUCAAAUUGUGCUGGUCAACAGUAUCCAAGGAAAAUUAGGACUUCCAUUCCGUGCAGCCUAUGCUGCAUCUAAACAUGCACUACAAGCCUUUUUUGAUUGCCUACGGGCUGAAGUUGCAGAAUAUGGCAUUACUGUGAGCACUGUGAGCCCAACAUUCAUUCGCUCUUAUCACCAAAUGCCAGAAGCUGGGAAUUGGGAUGCAUCCAUUUGGAAAUUUUUCUUCAGGAAGUUGGCGUAUGGUGUUCAUCCAGUGGAAGUAGCUGAGGAAGUGUUGUACACAGUGAACAGAGGCAGCAAGGAGGUGAUGAUUGGAAAUCCUACUCCGAAGGCAUUUGUCUAUUUAAGAACAUUCUUUCCUGAGAUCUUUUUUGCAAUUGUUGCUUCUGGAAUCUCAACCCAACCCAUAAAAGAGGAAGAACAAUAA